GUAGUAGUAGCAUCGUUGAAGCGUGGGUGUCGAUUAUUUACUGGAAACGUGGCACAGCGUUUGUUCGAUUAUUUUACUCACUUUCGAUGGUAAAUUAUUUCGAAUAAUUAAUUAGAUAAGUGGAAUUCGAGAAAGAUACGUUCGCUGCUCCACUGCAAGAAAAAAAUGACGUAACAUAUUGAAUACCAUCGAUAUCACGAGUACCGAGUAACAGAAAAUUUGUAAGAAUAUUUUUCGUGUGAAAUACUUCACUGAGCUGAUUCAUACAUACCAUACAAAAGAAAUGGCAACGUCUGGCGAUCAUGUGGGUCUCGCGCGAAUCGAUCCUGUUGACAAUCCUGUCGAUCUCUUCAGGAUAUGGCGCAACGAAGCGAUAAAAUUCCAAGCUGGACCAAUAGAUGUCUGUUGUCUAGCAACUAUCUCUUCCCCAAAUUUCAAAGUCAGUUCAAGAAAUUUGGUUUUACGAGAAUUUGAUGAUGACGGUUUUGUCAUUAUGACAGACGCACGUAGUCAGAAAGUCAAGGACAUGGAUUCUAAUCCGUAUACUGCUAUGUGCUUUUUGUGGACCUAUAAAAACGAUAAGCAACAUCAUGUUUCGCGACAGGUGAGGAUAGAGGGAUCGAUGAAAAAACUGGAAAGACCGGCUUGUCAACUUAUAUACGAGAGAGAGCCGUUGUACUGCAAAAUCCGAGCCCACCUAUGUCAUCAAGACCAGCCGGCUGACUGGGAUGAUUUGAAUCGUCGGUAUAAUGAGAUAUUAACACAAGCAAACGAGGGAGAGGAUCUUCCAAUGCCGGAUCACGUCGUAGCUUAUAAACUAUCGCCUGAAAUGAUGGAAUUUUAUUACGCAUGGGACCAACUAAUCGCCGAUCGAAUACAUUAUAAAAGAAACGAAAGGAGCAAGAAUAUUUGGGAAUAUCAGAGAAUAACAGCGUAAUUUUGCAUAGUACGUGUUUGCGUGCAUGCUUAUGCUCUCUCAAAUUAUUCAUUCUUAACUUAACUAAAUGAGUUAGAUCUGUCGCUGUGCUACUUAAGAGAUCCAGGAAUUUUUAUAAUUGUAUUUAUAAUGCUCAGACUGGAUUGCUAUUUAUAAUAGUAGGCAAGUAUAAAAAACUUUUAAAAAACAAAAAAUAUAGAGCUCUUAUUUUUAUAUGUGUGAUAUUAUAAAAAUGUAUAUGUA